GACGUUAACACAGUAACAGUUUUAACAUUAAGAUUUUGUAAACACACAACUUAUGUAAUAUAGGUACAUAGUAAUGUAACAUAAUAUUUUUGUUUGUUUAUAUACAUAAAUGAAUUAAGUAAUUAAAAUGUUGAGUAAUACUACUGAUAAGAGAAAUUUAAAAUUAGAAUUCAUUUGAUAGUAGUAGUGACGGUGCUUGAAAAUAUGUAUUUCUGGAAUAUUAGUUAACGAGAUAUCAAAUGAUAUUUUCGGAAUUUUCCACUGACCUAGAUGAUAUUUUAUGAGGAAUUGUCAACUUCUAUUACAAAGGCGAUAAGCUUAACUAAAGACAGUAGUAAGUGAAGAGUGGGAUGUAAGAAGCUAGCGAACUAUGAUCGGAGACUUUAUAAUUGGUGGCCUCGCUGGAGUAGGGGCUGGUUUCUUUAGCAAUCCUUUUGAUGUGAUCAAAAUACGAAUGCAAUUGCAAGGAGAGUUGAAGGCUAGAGGGGAACAUGCAGUUUAUUAUAGAAAUAUACCUCAUGCUGCCUAUACCAUUGUGAAGCAUGAUGGACUGGCAAGCCUGCAGAAGGGGCUUGUGCCCGCCCUUUGGUUCCAGCUUAUUGUGAAUGGGGUAAGAUUAGGAAUAUACCAACAAGCAGAUAACUAUGGCCUACUCAGAGAUGAGAACAAUAAUACAAAGUUCGCUAAUAGUUUGUUCUUUGGUCUCAUCUCUGGUAUGUCUGGAGGGCUCGCUGGCAGUCCACUCCAGCUUGUGAAGACACAACUAAUGUCAUAUUCCAAUAAGAAGAUAGCAGUUGGUACGCAACAUGCUCACCAAGGAACAUUGUAUGCUCUGAGGCAGAUUUAUAACAAAAAUGGACUCUUAGGUCUAUGGAGGGGGGCCCAUGGAAUGAUGUUGAGGAAUUCCAUUGGCUCCUCAACACAGAUUGCAGCUUUUGCUAUAUGCAAGGAGUGGAUGGACAACAACGGCUUUUGCCAACAGUCGAAGUAUCUCUCCGCGUUCGUCGCGAGCAACAUCGGCGCGGUUGCCAAGACUAUCACGCUUACCCCGAUGGAUGUCAUAAUGACCAGGCUCUACAACCAAGCCGUGGAUGCCCAAGGCAGAGGUGUGCUGUACAGCGGUAUUGUGGAUUGCGCCAACAAGAUCACGAGAGCCGAAGGUAUCCUGGCCUUCUAUAAGGGCAUAGGACCCUCGUACUUGAGGCAAGCGCCACAUACAGUCCUGCUGCUCGUCUUCUGGGAUAUGCUCAAAGAUUUGCAGAAGAGCUGGGACAAGGAAAAGGCGUCUUAGUGAAGUAUACGCGGACUUAAGAUGAAGAUCAUAUUAUGAAUGGAACGAUGUUUCAACGUCGAUCAAACAUCAUAUGAUGACGUACAUAUCACGUGACGUAGCGUAGUGUUCAAACCGAGUUUUAAAAGAAGCAUUGUUCUAGGUCAUCGAAUAUAUAACAAUUAUUAGUACAUAGAGUAAGUCGCGAAUACACCAGCAUCUCCACAGGAAAAACACUAGCUACAUAACUACCAUGUUUAUUUAUUUAUUGGAAAACAAACAGCUUAAGUUAUACACACAUUGUGACACAUAAUUUAUAUUACACAAGCCAAUAAAGUUUCCACUUAAAUAUAAACAAAGUAGGAGUGAAUAUAAUACAAAAUAUAACGAUUUUAUAUACAAUUAAACAUCGCGAAAAAAGUAAACAAAAAUACAAAUGAAACAAAAUUUAUCGGUUGGACAUAUUUUAAGGAUGUUUAAGAUAUUCUUUAAUUAAAAGUUCGAUAGCUGCUAUGAAAAAUAUCUAAGUGACUAUAAUUAUUAUUAUAAGUGUUGCAUGCUCUUAUAAUAAAACAAUUGCUAGUAUAAUUAGUUCUACGAACAGGGAUAAAUAAUGUAUCUAUAGGACGUGUAUAAUGUUUUGGACAGUUAAGUUUAAUGUUACUUAAAAUACGAUUGGAAUCAAUUAAGUCAUGUAAUAUUUUGAAAAGGAAAACUUGAUCUCUGUAUUCUCUACGCUGUUGUAAAGAUAGGUGAUUAAAUUGAGGAGUAUUACCAUUUUGAAACUAAUAAUUUAAUCUUUUAAUAAAUUUAUUUUGUACACUUUCUAUAGCAUCUAUAUAUUUUGUAUAGCGUGGGUUCCAAGCAGUCGAAGCAUAUUCUAAAUAUGGUAUGUUAAAUACCAGUUUUUUUUUCUGUAGAGAUUAGAUGGAUAUGUGCAAAGUCUAUCAAAUAAUCGCUUACAUUUGUGUAAUUUGUAUUGAAUAUAAAAACACUUGGUUAAUUUAUUGAAGUAGGCGUUACUUUGCGGAAAUCCAUAAUUAUACAACGAGGCUAGUUUGGCAGUAGACUUUUUGAGUCUCGUGCCAGAUUUUGGCGAGACAACACGUCCUGAGGAUGCCCCGUGUAGAGACGAAACACGUGUCGAAUUGUUUAAAGACAAAUAUUGGCGGAAUUAACACUAAAGAAAACUCAAAUCAUUUGUGUAACACUUGGUUAAAUAAAUAGUUAAUUUUGUCAUUAGGAAUUUUAAUUGUUGACAUUACUAAUGAAUGACGAUAACCAAUUAGGUUAACUUCGAGCAAACAUAGAUGAAGUGAUGAACUUAGACAGAGUAGGUAAGUAUAAUAAAACAUGAUAUUUGUAUAAUAAUUUCUCAUACUAACAUCAAAAUAAGAUGAUAGAUGCGUAAUGAACGUCCUGUUUCUACGUCCUGCUCGUCUCGUCCCUUAUUGUCAUAAAAAUAUUAAAAUAAAUACCCAUAUAUUCGGUAUUACACAUAAUAAAAAAUUAGAAGCCUUUUAUUGUUUCAAAGUAAGUCCAAUGAACUUUUUUUAAUGCCAAUUAUAAAAAUACAACAAUCGUAUCGCAAACAAAUGGCGGUCUGAUCUCUCAGACACGAGAAACUCCCAGUUAUUUUUAAUCCGCUAAACUUAACAAGUCCCGACACAAUCCACUGUAUUGGUUUUGAAAAAAAAUUCAAAAAGCUUCCUCAACAAUAUUUCGAUUUCUUGCGUGGCUCCAUCUAUACAGUUUAUAGUACAUCUAUUAGUUGUUAAUGUUACCAACUCAGUAUAUGUUCAUAGCUCAACAAAGAUACCGAUUUAGUAUUAUUUACAAAUACGGGUUAUAGGCCUUUAGUGAAUCAGUUUUUAAGUGAUUAAUGUAAGUGUUAAUGUAAGGAAAGUUAUACUUAUAUUAGGACACAGUAUUAAAGUUUAGAGGGUUUUGAACCCAAUUUUUACAAGUUCCUUAUAAUUUAAUAUGUGUAAUUUAAUGAUAAUAAUAUCUUAUUAUUUUGGGUCUUAAAUCAGUAUGGCGGGCCAACCAUCCCGAUUUUAAUUGUACUCGACUAGUAGCCAAACGCCAUGAUGCCUAACCUAAAAAAUAUAUAAUAAAUUAAGCUAUCGUUUACAAUAUAAGCCUUUUUCUAAUGAGAUAUAUAUAAUAAGAAAUGUCUUAGUUUGAAAAUACCGCUUUGCCCGAAAAUAAUUCUUACAAUACGGUUAUGCCUAACACAAUAUUAUGCGCUUGACGGCUCUAAUCUAUUAUGUCGUAUUAUAUUAUAUUAGAGGUGUCGCCGUAUAAUAUUAUGUACGCGAUAUGAAGAGACGAGAUUGAGAAAUUAAUCUCUUCGUCACGAAGUGUUCACGAAAUUGUAGAAAUAAUUUACCAAAGAAUACUUAACAUAAAUAUAUAGGAAUAUUUUGACAGUUAAAAAUCAUUUUUAUAAGUUAUAUACUUAGGAUUAAGGGUUGGUCUCCGGUGUGCUUCCGAUUCCGCACUACCUAGGUUAAUAGCUUUUUUAUUACGGAAACUAUAAUUAGAUGCUUGUGUGCGUGGCAUCUUGACACUCAAAGGCAUCUUUCAAAUUUUGUAACAUACGCUUCAUGAUAUUUUACAUUGAAAUUAAUAAAAUACAAAAUACUUACUGAUGAUAUGUCAUCCCAGUGUCUUUCUUAUUUCUUUUAGUAUUCUUUUUACAAAGUUAAGUAACGCAUUCAUUACAAUUAUUAGCAAAGUUUAACAGAACAUGUAUCACGGUAAUUAAUAGCUUAAUCUAAGGUUAUAUACCUAAUUCAAAUUAUAUUUCUCUCAUAUAUAAUUACUAGCUGCUACCGUCACGUCGUCCGCAUGAACGUUAUAAGCAGCAAAAAUACUGAAAAUGUAGCAUAUAAUAAUGUGUUGUCCCGAUUUCUUCUUAAUAUCAGAACCGACAAAAAGUGUAUAAACUACUUCUGGUGUCUUCAACUAUGGCAUCGAAAUUAAUUGUAGAACACACAGAAAAUAUAUACCUAAAAAAACUUCAAUAAGUAUACAGCUUUUUUACUUUCCGACCAUUUUAUUAUAUGUAUGAAUAAUGAAAUAAAAGUAAUGAUGUAAUAUGAAAUCAACCAUUACUAAAUUAUUUUAAACUGAUAUGCAAGUAGAUAAAUACUGCAAUUAGUAGGUAAGCUGUUCAAACAUUUAGUAAAGUAUACGUGAUUAUACAAAAUUAUUUUUGCUUCGUGAUGGAGUUUGAUAAUAAUCCUUUUUUGCGAGUAAUAAAUCCGAUUGAUAAUAAGUAGUAGGUGUAGGUAUAUUUUUUUGAAAUUGUUAUAUUAUAAUUAUAUUUUACUUAUGUAUGUCUGGGCUCUUCAAUGCUUUGUAUAUAAUAGUUUAUAACCAACAUGUCACAAUUUAAAAGGUUAGGUAAAAAAAGAGUGUGUACUGUUAAACUGUAUAUUAAGGCGACACUAAAUGCCAGCGACCUUGAGCGAUAUGAGCUCACGGCUGCCGGCCCGCCAUCUAUGUAACAAAGCCAAUAUUUUAAAAAUUCUUGCGUGGAAAACAGUUCAUAUGCUUACAAUCCUCGUUAUUCACGACUAAUCUGAAUAAAUGAACCUACACAAAAAAGUACAAGCUAUAAUAAUAACUUUUCUGAGAGAAGUACCAAAAAAAUGCGUCACGCCAUGCCAAAAAACUUGUUUAACUUCAAAGAAAAGUGGUAGUUCAAAAAGGCUGUAGAGUGUUAACUAUAACCAACAGCAAACAUUAGCAACCUACAAAUAAGACUUAAGGGUAUGUGUAACAGGAUUAAGUAGUAUUCAUAGCUCCAAAUGCUACUUUUUCACCACAAAACUUGUCUAAAAACACCUUGUUUGCGUGUUUUCUGCUAACCCUUCGCCUUAAUUGUCCGUCGUACAACGUGCCAUGCGGGCUAGGAUGGAGUGUUCCCCGCCAUAAGAGUAUAUUAUAGUCUAUUAUUGACACAAGAGUAACUAUUUAUCAUUAACUUAUUUGUUGUACGAACAUAUAAAAUAUGUUGAUAUAAAACUAUAUAUUAUUGUUCAAAGUACUAUUUAUAAUGUUUUAUACAUUUUGCUAAAAUGUUAUUAUUGUUUACAAAAAAAAACAGAAUUUUGUGAAUCUGCUUAUUGGACGAUUUUAAUUAUAUUAAUCUGAGUUAAAUUUGUAAAAAAAUAUGUUUUAUGGUCUUCUGUUCUUCUGGUCUUGUCUUCUGUUCUUCCGUCUGGAUGCUUCUAAAAGUAUUUGUGAAUAAUGUUAAUAAAUGUUAUUUAUUUAUAAAA